GAUGAAUUGAGGGUAGAAGGAAAGAAAAAGCAGUCAAAGAGAGGGAAUUUCAAUACAUCUUGUUCGCGAUGGUUUGUGAGCUUGACGGGGGCAGGCAUUUUGUGGCCGCGCUCGAGCGACGAUCACCAACACGCACCGACUGUCCUUCACCCAACCACGGCGAGCCAUCACGCAGCCCCGAGCCCCGAAAUGACGAGUCGCCCAGACCCCAGACGAAACGAAAACGACGCGAUGCGGCUCUUCGCCCCAGGGAUCCGGUAGUGCGUGUCGACCAGGCCCUGCCCGUCCUUUGUGACGGCGGAGACCUCGUUCUCGGCGCCUCAUUGGCGAGCAGGUCGGCCAGCGCUCCUGAGUGGCAGCUGAACAGGAGAUCGCGGAGGAGGGCUUGCUGCGAUUCGAUUGGGCGGCCGCCGUGCUGCACGGCCAAGGGAGACGGUCUGGAAGCCUUCCUAGAACGGAUCGACACCAGCCCGGCGCUCGACGACCGGGACCUCUCGCCUUGCGAAGGCUGGCAGAGCUGGUUCCCAGGCUGGCAAGCCUCCCGGGAUCUGAGAGACCAGCGAUUGGACGCCAUCCGGACCGGGCCUGCCACUUUUGCCAGCCACGGUCGCCUGCAGCCAUGUCUAGGAACGCACCUCAGCCUCUUGCCACUUGAGAGCCAGGGGCCUGCGGCAGCCAGCCAACGGGCGGGUGAGGGAGCGCACUGCGAGGUGUCUGGUGUGACCAGACCCAAGCUCGGCGGCAUGCAGCACCCCAAGAGCACCUCCAAAGAGCCAGUGCUCCAGUUAACGCCAGUCAACGGCCCGACCUCGCUGGCCCCGAUGAAUGAGAGAGCAUCAAACAUCAAGUCUACAUCGACCACCAUCGAUCAUCGACGGCAAUUCUGCAGACACGAGCCACACAACAACACCAACAACAACCACCUGCGCCGCCCGCCUGCCCGGCACAGCCCAUCGGAUGCCAUCCCCGACGCCUGGACUCGCAUGUGA